UCGCGCUUUCUAGCUCUGUAGAAUUCUGUACAUUGUGAAAGGGGCUCUCGCAUACUCUGUAUACUCGCAAAAAUGACCUUUUAUUAAAAGUGCACAGGUUUUGGUCACAGGUUCCCCCUGUCAUGAUGAUUUGGUCACCUCCUAUUUCUCCUUCUGUUCUUCCUCUUCCCUCCGUCCCUCUUCUCUACCGUCCCUCUUCUCUACCGUCCCUCUUCUCUACCGUCCCUCUUCUCUACGUCCCUCUUCUCUCCCGUCCCUCUUCUCACCGUCCCUCUUCUCUCCGUCCCUCUUCUCUCCGUCCCUCUUCUCUCCGUCCCUCUUCUCUCCGUCCCUCUUCUCUCCGUCCCUCUUCUCUCCGUCCCUCUUCUCUCCGUCGCUCUUCUCUACCGUCCCUCUUCUCUACCGUCCCUCUUCUCUCCGUCCCUCUUCUCUCCGUCCCUCUUCUCUACCGUCCCUCUUCUCUCCGUCCCUCUUCUCUCCGUCCCUAUUCUCUCCGUCCCUCUUCUCUCCGUCCCUCUUCUCUACCGUCCCUCUUCUCUACCGUCCCUCUUCUCUACCGUCCCUCUUCUCUACCGUCCCUCUUCUCUACCGUCCCUCUUCUCUACCGUCCCUCUUCUCUACCGUCCCUCUUCUCUACCGUCCCUCUUCUCUACCGUCCCUCUUCUCUACCGUCCCUCUUCUCUCCCGUCCCUCUUCUCUCCGUCCCUCUUCUCUCCCGUCCCUCUUCUCUCCCGUCCCUCUUCUCACCGUCCCUCUUCUCUCCGUCCCUCUUCUCUCCGUCCCUCUUCUCUACCAUCCCUCUUCUCUCCGUCCAUGCUUUGAUCUCCUCCACUAUUUUCUUCUCCUCUGUUGUUUUUGCUUUGUUUCUCCCCGUCAUCUUCGUCUUACCACGAAUGUCUCCCUCCUCUUCAUCUCCACCUCCCUCUGUGUUCACUCGUCCUACUCCCUGGUAUUUAUCGCUGCCUUCCUUCCUUCUCCACCCUCCUCUACUCUCUCCUCCUCUUCACCUCUGGCGUCUCCCUUGAAAACGACAGACCGAGAUAGGCGUCUGUUGUCUAUCCAGUGCAGUAGAGUAUGCUGGGUAAUGGCACCCUGCUCGAUGGCUGCCACCCAGGAGUGUACAGUAUGUGUUGCUCUCUCUGCUGGUCUCUGAAGUGAUGCACUAACACAGUCAGCACCAACACACACCAAGGCU